GUGAGGAUAGAAGCGGUGUCUGUUCACAGAGAGACUGAUUACGUCAUCGACCGAUACCUGUAGUAUACACCAUUAGAAUGCAGAGUUUUGGCACCUUCGGACUACAGUUCCAGCCACCCAAUCCAUUUUUUGGACUCCCUCCCCCAACACACCCUCUUCACCUGGCAUCGCCAUUUUUCUUCGGACAGUACCCAGAGCUGCUGUUUGAUGCCCGUUACGGCUCUCACCGCAAACAGCGCCGCAGCCGUACAGCUUUCACCAACCAGCAGCUGGGGGCGCUGGAGAAAACUUUCUCCAAGACCCACUACCCGGAUGUUGUCAUGCGCGAGAGGCUGGCCAUGAUCACCAACCUACCAGAGGCCAGAAUACAGGUUUGGUUCAAAAACCGACGCGCCAAAUACCGCAAGAAGCAACGUGGCGUCAGACCCAAAUCUCAAGAUGACGUCACAACCGGCACCACGUCCGGCGCCCAGCCAGACGGCCAGUCCGGAGAGAUCUGUGUGUCGGAUGACGUCAGCGUCGACGACUCGUGCCGCGGCAGCUCACACUCCCACAGCGACGAUGAUGACGACAUCGACACGGAAUGUCCCGACGUGGACGACGAGUGUCCGGAUGUGACGUCACUCAGUGACGACGGUCACGCGGCGACCAUCAGGGAUAAAGAUGACGGUCGUGGGACGGUCGAUGAAAGACAGCCUGCUCGACCCACAGAUUCAGGUGUACGAAGUGUGAGUAGUGACGACGUUAAGGUCAGGGUCACAGAGGCGGAGAGUAAACCAAUCAACACUUCCGGUGCCAGCAAGCUGAGCCAGCUCCCAGAUAGCAAGCCACAGUUCAGUACUCACGUUACAGCUCCCGAGUUCCGGUUCUCGUUAGCCGACGCCUACCACCCGUACCACGUGACUUCCGGUCUGUCCCAGCCCCUCAGGUUUCUCGGGCACCAAGACCUAGGCCCGGGACCCCACAAACAGAGGGAGUCACCCAACCGUCUCCCUUGUUCCAUCUCCCCCAACCUCCCCUCCCCCAGCCUCCCCCCACACAUCAGCAGCUUGAGCCCGCCUUCUCUGACGUCACCACAGAUCCCGAUGACGUCAUCGCUGUCGUCCGCCAUGUCGGUGCCGACCUCGAGCUCGAUCCUGGCCGGCGCACUUCCGGCGCACAUGCCGCCAUUCGCCACGUGGUCGACGUAUUACUCCGCCUCCCAGCUCCAUGACAUUCUAAUGAGGUACCCCCUCAGGCAGGACCCACGCCUGUCCGCCCCCGUGGGCACGGGGAAGGAAGCCAUACUCAACUCAAGCAUCGAGAAUCUACGUCUGCGAGCCAGGCACCACGCUGCGUGCAUGGGACUCUUUGACGGCGGUGUCUCCAGAAAUUGAACCCUCUUCUGCACAUUCAGAUGAACGUUAUUGACGAACUUAAACUUUUAAUUAACACUAAUCGUUGUUGUCUUUCAUUGGG